GGGGAGGAGGCAAGGGGACGCGCUCGGUCUCUGCUCCCGCCCCCGGGUCGCGCACGUCCGUGCUCGGCGGCGCGCACGCCUGCGGGAGCCCUCUCCAGGCAGCCCUAGUGCUGAUCGCUCGUGCCGGUGCGGUCGCCCACCGCCCUUGGGGGAACCAGAAGAGGCUCGAGGGCAGCCCCCUGCCCGCCCCUCCCCCGGCUCUCCCUCCCUCCCCCUCCCGCCCGGCGCGCGCUGGGGUAUGAGCAGCGAGGAUGGCCGGCUGCAGCCCCGAGGAGAAAACUUAUCGGCGCUUCCUCGAGCUCUUCCUGGGCGAGUUCCGCGGACCGUGCGGCGGCGGCGAACCCGAGCCCGAGCCCGAGUCCGAGCCCGAGCCCGAGCCUGAGCCGGCGGCGGCCGCUGCGGCCGAGGGGACUCGGGAGGAGGUGGAGGACGAGGCGGCGGCGGCGGCGGAGCGGGAGCCAGAGCCCGGCGAGGAAGAGGAGGAGGAGGCGGUGGCCGCCGAGGACGAGGACGAGGACGGGGACGGGGAGGGCGCGGAGGAGGGGGUGGCCGACGAGGCGGACCCGGGGCAGCAGUCCGGGCCCCCGCCCCCGCCGCCGCCACAGCAGCCGCCGCCGCCCCUGCCUCCGCUGCCGCGGCCGCUCUCGGAGCGCAUCACCCCGGAGGAGGUGGAGGGCGAGAGCCUGGACCUGUGCCUGCAGCAGCUCUACAAAUAUAAUUGCCCUUCCUUUUUGGCUGCUGCUUUAGCCAGAGCAACAUCAGAUGAAGUCCUUCAGAGUGAUCUUUCUAUGUACUAUAUACCAAAGGAAACAGAUGGCUCAGAGGGGACUGUGGAGAUUGAGACAGUGAAAUUGGCACGUUCUGUCUUCAGCAAACUACAUGAGAUUUGCUGCAGUUGGGUGAAGGACUUCCCUCUCCGCAGGAAACCCCAAUUGUAUUAUGAGACAUCAAUCCAUGCCAUCAAAAACAUGCGCAGGAAAAUGGAGGACAAACACGUCUGCAUUCCUGAUUUUAAUAUGCUCUUCAAUCUAGAGGAUCAAGAAGAACAAGCUUACUUUGCUGUGUUUGAUGGGCACGGUGGAGUGGAUGCUGCUAUUUACGCUUCUGUCCACCUCCAUGUGAACUUGGUGCGCCAGGAAAUGUUCCCCCAUGAUCCUGCAGAGGCUCUGUGCCGGGCCUUCCGCGUGACCGACGAGCGUUUUGUGCAGAAAGCAGCCAGGGAGAGCUUACGCUGUGGGACCACAGGUGUGGUGACAUUUAUCCGAGGCAACAUGCUCCACGUAGCCUGGCUGGGCGACUCUCAGGUGAUGCUUGUGAGGAAGGGCCAAGCUGUAGAAUUAAUGAAGCCACAUAAACCGGAUCGGGAGGAUGAGAAGCAACGAAUUGAGGCCCUUGGAGGCUGUGUGGUCUGGUUUGGUGCCUGGAGAGUGAAUGGAAGUCUGUCUGUCUCAAGAGCUAUUGGAGAUGCUGAGCAUAAGCCAUAUAUCUGUGGGGAUGCAGACUCUGCCUCCACUGUUUUAGAUGGGUCUGAAGACUACCUCAUUUUAGCUUGCGACGGCUUCUAUGAUACCGUAAACCCCGAUGAGGCAGUGAAGGUCGUGGCUGACCACCUGAAGGAAAAUAAUGGAGACAGUAGCAUGGUUGCCCACAAAUUGGUAGCAUCAGCUCGUGAUGCUGGGUCAAGUGACAAUAUCACUGUCAUUGUGGUGUUCCUGAGGGAUAUGAACAAAGCUAUAAAUGUUAGGGAGGAAUCAGACUGGACAGAGAACUCUUUUCAAGGAGGUCAAGAAGAUGGCGGGGAUGAUAAGGAAAAUCAUGGAGAAAGCAAACGCCCCUGGCCUCAGCACCAGUGCUCGGCACCCGCAGAUCUAGGCUAUGAUGGGCGAGUGGAUUCAUUCACUGAUAGAACUAGCUUGAGCACAGGGUCCCAAAUCAAUGUGCUUGAAGAUGCAGGCUACCUAGAUCUCACACAAAUAGAAGCAAGCAAACCUCAGAGUGCCAAAUUUUGGUCACCCGUUGAAAUGUUUGGUCUUACAGUACCAAAGAAAGCAAAUCUUGUUAAUGAUAUAAUAAUGGAGAAAGAAUCAGUCCGGUCUUCAGUGCAUGAACAGCAUAAUGCUGGAGAAUACCCUGCUUAUCUUAAUUUGGGUUCAACAUACAGAAUGGAGAGUUUGUCUCCAGUCUUUUCUAGGUUGGAAAAUGAACAGGAAAAUAAACCCCCGGGAAAGAGAGCUUCUAGUUUCUCUCAUUUACGCCACUAUUAUGCAAAGAGACGGCAUGGAUUCAGGCUCAAACCAAAGUUUCAUACGUUUCUCUUUGCUCACGAGCCUUCCCACAAAGCAGGCACAACUAGCCUGUCUUCACUUAUUCGAAGUGGGAAUAGAAAUAGGAGGUUGGUAAGAAGUUCUCUGACAUGGAGACAAAAUGCUUACAAAAAGUACAGUGAGAUUCUAAUGGGGAUGCUUAGAAACAGUAAUUGUAUACCAUAUGCAGACAUUCCCUGGAGCAGUAAAAUAUAAAAACUUUUCUUUAAAAUAGGUUAGAUACCUCUCCCCCCCACACACAUCCCUAAUAAAUCAGUAUCAUCAAUAUAGAAAACAAGAUGGGCAUUUCAGAAACAUGAAGUAUAUCAUUUUAUGAGUUAUGAAAAGCUCAGUUCUUGUAUGUAAAUAAUCUCUAGGAAAUUUUAAAAAGUGUUUCAAUCUUAAAAAUACUAGUGAUUCUACUCCCUAAAUUAUACAAUGGAUCCAUGUGUGCAUCCACACCUCUUAACACACACACCUCCUUGUAUCACUGGUGGAAAAUGACUUAAGUUGGUUCAUUUGAUUAGAUGCAGUCAGGAAACAGUUUUGAUCUGGCAGAAAUGUCUGUGGAGCAAUAUAUGUGUGUGUGAGUGCGUGUGUGUGUGUGUGUGUGUGUGUAUGGAUGUAUAUAUAUGGAUGUGUGUAUAUAUGCAUUUAUGUAUAUAUAUAUACACACAUAUAUUUACAUAUAUAUGAAGAGAACCUAGUUUAGAACUGUCAAAUUUAGCACAGAAGAUGUUCCCCAGAGUCAGGGUUCAUUUCUGGGUUUUAUUUUUUUUUUUUUAUUAAUAUCUUCCCAGGGAAAGAACUCUAGGAAAAUAUCCACUCUGUAGGUAAAAGAUUAAAAGCCAUAUGGAUUUUAAUGGAGCACACAGGAAGUGGGAGUCUAAUGUAAAAUCUCCCCUUUUCAAACUCAGAUUGAAAUACAGUCAGGUGUAAAAGCUGAACAUGAAAAUUCUUUCAUAGUUUUAAAAAAAAAAUGUUUCCUGUGGGGCUUUUCAGAAUCUUUUUUGGUGCUUUUUUUUUUUUUUUGGAGUUUUUAUGAUUACUUUUGUCAACUGAUUUUUAAUCUGUGACUUUAGUGAACUCCUUUUUCAUUGGACUUUCAACUCAGGAGUCAAAAGGAAUCAGUUUUGUCAAGAUACUAUAAAGAUAAAAAAUAUGCCAGUACUGAAUUGACAGCGAAAGUUAAAUGUUAAAAAUAUCAUGUUACCCCAAUCUAAUAAUUUAUGUUACUUGUUCAAAUGUUUUGGUUUCUAAACAGUAAAGGCAUUUCUAAAAUGAAAGUUUUAGAGAAUGAAAAAGCAUGUACUCCCUACACAUCUGAAGAAACUGAAGUAUUAGGAACUUUUUCUCUAGCUGUUAACAGGCUGAAAACAAUUUAAAAUGAACCUGAUGCUAAGCAUUGAGGAAGGAGAAUGAAUAAACAAAAAAACUGGAUAGUUAUAAAUUCAGUGGAACUUUGCUACCAUGCAGAGGUAAGGAGUGGAGAUUUCUCAGUCUGUUAACAUCAAUCUUGAAUUCAAAUUCAUGGUUUUUUUUUUUUUUUUAAGGCCCUGGUUAUUAGUGGGGUUUACACAUUUACAAGUUGGCAUAAUAACCUCAGGAUAAUUAAAGGAAAUAGCAAUGAAUCAAUUAUAGAAAUUAUAUUUAUCCAACAGAGUUAUAGACAUUCACAACUAAAGACCCACUGUCUAGUGUUAUGUAGUUAGCUCUUGAUGAUUAAUCAUUAAUAAUCAUCAGAAUAAUGUAAUGGUGAUGACCAAGUUGUAGGGAUUCUAGGAAUCAUUUUUGUGGGAUAUUGAAAUGGUGGUAGUUACAAAUUUUACCUUCCUAAUUAUGUGUUUACAUAUUAAAAUUUCUUUACAUUUAUAUUUCCUGAGCACAUAGUGGAAGGUACAAAUUUAAAUAUACACAUAUAUAUCACAGAUAAUACAGAAAAAGUUGACUCUAGCAUUUUAACAGUACCUGUGAGUGGAUUAACAUAAGCAUGUCGUUAAAUGUACAGAUUUUAUUUUCUAAAUAUCUGGAUUCUUAAGUAGAAAUAAGACUUGUAUCCUAUUGAUUUUGGAUUUAUUCCUUCUUAUAGAUUUAUGAAGGAUUAUAGGAUUGGAAAACAAUGAAUAGGUCUCUGAAUGUAGCACAGAAGUCCUUUACUCAUUCUUCAGGGUACAAGUUCAUGUGUUUAGGACAUCAGAAGAUAUCCUAUCUGUCAAGUUUUGAAGCCUCAGAUAUCAUUGUUAAGAUCCUAUUAGGUAUAGUUAGUUUCAAAACACUUAAGGACACUUAAGUCAGAGGCAGAGGGAUUUUCUUUACCCUUUCUAUUCUCUUCUCAAACUGGACAAUAAGCUUGAGGUGGGUAGUCUAAAAACCUCUAAAUUUAAUAAUGUAAUCCCUUUAAUUAAGUGUACUAAAAGAUAAGUCCAUCUUUGAUCAGAAUAACUAGGUUAAGCUUAUUGGGUUGAGAAGAAAGGAGGGCGGGGAGAGACACAUAAUAGAACUUCUUCCUAGUGUGCAGAAAGAUCGACUUGGCACUGGAAUGAGUAAUCACCACAUAUGUUUAAGGGUCUGGUUUUCUAGAUCUAAGCAAAUAUUUCUCAUAUAACUAACCCUUUAGAAACUAAAUCAACAGUAGUUCCAGUGUGAUCAAGGUAUAAACCAAUACUGUAAAAAAUAGCAAGUGUUCAUAUUUUCACCACAUGCAUAUUUAUAGAGUAGUUAGGAACCAUUUGUAAGGUAAGUCCUUUAAAAUUCUAUAAUACAUAUUAAAGUAGUGGUUAUUGGUCUGAUUUAUGCUGCUCUAGCUACACACUAGACAAAAAGCAGUGCUUUGUGAGAUGCAGUGUUUUAAUCUUCAUGCCACUGGUAAUAGGAAGUAGUUCUCUUCAGUUCACACUCCUGUGCCCUUAUUUGCUGCUUGCUGACGUAAGCAAUAAGAACCCCUCUAAUGGUAUCUAAACGUUUUUGUAUCCACAUAGUUAAUGACAGUGUAUUUGGUGACAGUGUAAAACUACUAGACAGAUUAAAAAAGUAUCUAUAGAAUAUAUUUAUUAAUUGUUAAUGCUGAAGUUUAGUCUGUGAAUUAUGUGUUUUGUAUCUUUACUCAUCAUGUAAUUUUGGUGGUGGUGAAAUUUGUACAACCAAUUCUUAAAAAAGCUGCAGUAUCCCUUUUGCAAUUUAACAUAGUUUGCAUCAGUUUCAGUUUACUGGCCAAACAGGCCUGAUAAUGAACACGAGGUAGUCAAAAAAAAUUUUUUUUUUAAAUAAAAACUCUGCUUAGGAAAGUCUUCAGGCCCCUACCCUGAAGUUAUUGAAAACUCCUUAUAAGCUCUUCACUGUGAGUUUCAAAGGGAUUCAAUUCCCAAUUUAAUGAUUUUGUUUUGAAUUUUAGAUGCGCAGUUUUGAGGAAUAUCUGAAGUUUGGUAACAUUACAGCCCCAAACCCUGGUGCUGUUAUUCCCAUUUAGAUUUGCACUAAAAAGGUGGGUGGAAACUCACAUGUAAAUAUCUUUUCUUUACCUAGAAGUGCCAUCCAUUGUCCUUGAAAGUAAUGAAACAAAAGUUAUUAACUGCCAUUGAUCAAUACUGAUUCAAUUAGCCAGGGUAUCCUGAAAUGCAACAGACCUUUUCCAAGGACAAUGUCAAAGCUGAGUUUAACUUUGACCACAUUUAUAGUGGUGUAUUGUCAACACUGCAUUUUCAUAAGCUCCACUCCAUUGUUGGAACACUGUGUGUCAGUGAGAUGAACAUGAUGCAGAGAAGUUCAGUGUUAACAGAGAUAACUGCUAUGGUUCACAUACUUCCUCCUCCAGCAAAGAUUUGCUGAUGAAGCUUCACGAGGAAGACUGAUCAAAAUUACCAGUUGUCUUUAACCCAAUUUGUUCAUUCAGCACUAACCUAGGCAAGGUCAAGAAAGGGGAUACUACAGCUUUGUUUGUACCUAUAAUUUAGGGAAAUCUUUCUUUGGAUCCUAACCACACCAGGAAGAAAAGUUUUCUCCCCUUGUGUGCUAUAAUCUAUAGGAAGGAUAAACACCCACCUUUUGUUCUUUGACUUGUGUAAAAGUUGACAUUCUUUUUCAGAGCUAGUAGCAAAAACAACAUAAUCCUAGAGCUGCCCAUCAAUGCAACUGAUUAUCCAGGGAAAAGAUAACUUUAGCUUAAAAGGGACCAGGCAACUAUUUCCAUGUUUUCCUAGAACUGCAUUUAGUUUCCAUUUGUAAGACUAUUUACCUUACUAAUUAGGAGAUAUGAAACACGAUAGGGAACCCUGGUUGACACAGCUGUCGUCCUUGAAAAAGAAAUCCUCAUAUUAAAAAUUUUGAUGUUUUGUGUUAGAUACCCACAGAUGUGUUAUUGUCAACUCUUACACAGGGUGCUCUUUUGGUGACAGACAUGCUGUAUUCUCUUGUUCAUGACAUUUCUCUGCAAUGAAUUCUCUGUGGAGUGAAUCAGUUGAAGCAAAUGAUUUUCUUAAAAAGUUUAACUUUUCAAUUUGCAAACUUGCUCUACAGCUCACUUUUGAGUUCAGUUGUAAUCAUGUAUUAAGUCACUCAUAUUUUAUUUAUUAAAGCUGUUCAUUCAGUAAGAACUAUGUUGAAAUUUUGCCAGUAUCUUAAUAAAACACAGCAAUUUAAAAUAAC